AUGUUGGUUUUGGGGAAAAUUGCAUUGCUCCUAGGAAUGAAGAUUGGCGUUUCUCAAAAACUGGGAAUGCAGCUGGAAUUCCUGGAAGUUCAAGAAGAAUAUAUUAAAGAUGAACAAAAGAAUUUGAAAAAAGAAUAUCUUCAUGCACAGGAAGAAGUGAAACGAAUCCAAAGCGUUCCUUUAGUUAUUGGUCAGUUUUUAGAAGCUGUUGAUCAGAAUACUGGUAUAGUUGGCUCAACAACAGGUUCGAAUUAUUAUAUACGAAUAUUGAGUACUAUAGACAGAGAGCUCUUGAAACCCAGUGCAUCCGUAGCCCUACAUAAACACAGCAAUGCAUUGGUAGAUGUCUUACCACCAGAAGCAGAUAGCAGUAUUACAAUGCUGAGUGCAGAUGAAAGACCUGAUGUUUGCUAUUCAGAUAUUGGAGGCAUGGAUAUGCAAAAACAGGAAAUACGUGAAGCUGUAGAGUUGCCCUUAACGCAUCAUGACUUGUACAAACAGAUUGGUAUUGAUCCACCAAGAGGGGUAUUAUUAUUUGGGCCUCCAGGAUGUGGCAAAACUAUGUUAGCUAAAGCUGUAGCUCACCAUACAACAGCUUCUUUUAUCCGUGUUGUAGGUUCAGAGUUUGUACAAAAAUAUUUAGGUGAAGGUCCACGAAUGGUGAGAGAUGUGUUUAGAUUAGCUAAAGAAAAUGCACCUGCUAUUAUAUUUAUUGAUGAAAUUGAUGCUAUUGCUACCAAAAGAUUUGAUGCUCAAACUGGAGCUGAUAGAGAAGUGCAACGUAUACUUUUAGAACUCCUAAACCAAAUGGAUGGAUUUGACCAGACGGUUAAUGUAAAGGUUAUCAUGGCAACAAACAGAGCUGAUACAUUAGAUCCCGCAUUAUUACGUCCAGGACGUUUGGAUCGUAAAAUUGAAUUUCCUAUGCCAGAUCGCCGACAGAAAAGAUUAAUAUUCAGUACCAUAUGUAACAGAAUGAAUUUGUCCGAUGAAGUUGAUUUAGAAGAUUAUGUAGCAAGGCCUGAUAAAAUAUCUGGAGCAGAUAUCAAUGCUAUUUGCCAAGAGGCUGGUAUGCAAGCUGUAAGGGAAAAUCGUUAUGUAAUCUUGGCUAAAGACUUUGAAAAAGGAUACAAAAACAACAUUAAAAAAGAUGAACAAGAACAUGAAUUUUACAAAUAACUGUUUAAACACAAAUCAGUCAGUUAAUUGUAUACAAAUAUUGACUUGCAAACAUUUAAACAGAAAAAUUCCAUCACAUGAUUCAAGUGUAUAAGUUGACGAGAUGUAUUAAAUAGUGUUCUUGUUUUCAUAAAAUAAA